AUGCGUUCUUUUAAAAAAAGAGUAAUUGACCCUUGUUCCACUGAGAAGUCCUUCGUGGAAUUCAUUUUUCUUUUCUCUUCUUUUCACUUUUUUUUCUCUCUCUCUAUACAUCGUUUUCUGUCUACAUUUAUUUCUCACGGUCUCAAACUUUUUUUGCUCUCUGUUCAUCUUUUUUUAUUUUCCUUUCUAUUCUUUUCACUCUUUUUCUCACCUUUCUCUCUCUCUCUCUAUUUAUUUUUCUCUCUCUACAUCUUUUCUUCUCUCUCUCUCUCUCUCACUCUCUCUCUCUCUCCGUCCUUUUUUUUAGACAAAUUUAUUUUGUUCCUUUUUCUCCUUUCCUCCCUUCCACUUUUUCAUUCACCCUCUCGUAACUCUCUCCUCCUCCUCUUCCUCCUGCUUUCCUUGUUCUUUUUAUCUAUCUAUCUAUCUAUCUAUCUAUCUAUCUAUCUAUCCGUUACUAUUUUUUUUAGACAUUUAAUUAGCACAUCUCUCUUUGUUCCCCCUCUUCUUACUCCUCUGCUGUUUUACUCCCCGCCCCCCCCGCCAUGUCCAAACGCCCACCUUCAUCGUAGGAACCACUCACGACUUGUACUGAUAAUAUCUACUCCAUCCCACCCGCCACUUUCAUUACACAUAGCAAUUCUCUUCAACACUGCUUUUUGUUAA